UGGUUUCUAUGUGGUUUCCAGGAAGUGAACGCCACAAUUCUAACCACCUCACACACGUGAGCGCCGUCAGUAGAACCACGCGCAGUGUGUGGAGGACAGAGAAACCGGUAGGGAAGACAACGUCACCCCUCGGACCACUGACUCGACGUAGCGUAGCUGACAGAGAGCGGAGUGGAGCGGCGUUGUCCGAGGCAGGUGCUGAAGCGAUUACAGCAGAAAGAUGGCGGACGACCCCAGCGCGGCGGACAGGAACGUGGAGAUAUGGAAAAUUAAAAAGCUGAUCAAAAGUUUGGAAGCUGCCCGUGGUAAUGGCACCAGUAUGAUCUCACUGAUCAUUCCUCCCAAGGACCAGAUAUCCAGAGUGGCCAAGAUGUUGGCUGAUGAGUUUGGCACAGCUUCCAACAUCAAGAGCCGAGUCAACAGGCUCUCUGUGCUCGGGGCCAUUACCUCUGUACAGCAAAGACUAAAACUCUACAACAAGGUGCCACCCAAUGGUUUGGUUGUCUACUGUGGGACCAUUGUGACAGAGGAAGGCAAGGAGAAGAAAGUCAAUAUCGACUUUGAACCUUUUAAGCCAAUCAACACCUCCCUGUACCUGUGUGACAACAAGUUCCACACUGAGGCAUUGACAGCCCUGCUCUCUGACGACAGUAAGUUUGGCUUUAUUGUGAUCGACGGUAGUGGGGCACUGUUUGGCACACUGCAGGGCAACACUAGGGAGGUGCUGCACAAGUUCACAGUGGACCUACCCAAGAAACACGGUAGAGGAGGGCAGUCUGCUCUGCGAUUUGCUCGUUUGCGAAUGGAGAAGAGACACAACUAUGUGAGAAAAGUGGCUGAGACAGCUGUCCAGCUGUUUGUGUCCAACGACAAAGUUAAUGUGGCAGGAAUGGUUUUGGCUGGCUCUGCCGACUUCAAAACUGAGCUCAGCCAAUCUGACAUGUUUGACCCAAGGUUACAGGCCAAGGUCCUGAAGCUGGUGGACAUCUCCUAUGGAGGAGAGAAUGGUUUCAACCAGGCUAUUGAGCUCUCAGCAGAGGUUCUCUCUAAUGUUAAGUUCAUUCAGGAGAAGAAACUCAUAGGGCGGUACUUCGAUGAGAUCAGUCAGGACACAGGGAAGUACUGCUUUGGUGUGGAGGAUACACUUAAAGCCCUGGAGAUGGGAGCGGUGGAGAUCCUCAUAGUCUAUGAAAACUUAGACACCAUGCGUUACAUUCUACGUGUGCAUGGGGCAGAGAGCAAUGGAGCGGAGAACGAUGAGAAGACUUUGUACUUAACACCAGAGCAGGAGAAAGACAAGUCUCACUUCACAGACAAGGAGACGGGGCAGGAACAUGAGCUCAUUGAGAGCAUGCCGCUGCUGGAGUGGUUUGCCAACAACUACAAGAAAUUUGGAGCCACACUGGAGAUAGUCACAGACAAAAGCCAAGAAGGAUCCCAGUUUGUCAAGGGCUUUGGAGGCAUUGGGGGUAUCUUGCGGUACAGGGUGGAUUUCCAGGGCAUGGAGUAUCAAGGAGAGGACGACGAGUUCUUUGAUUUGGAUGACUACUAGGUAGUCGGGGACUGAUGUUGGGAGGAAAAAAUAGAAACGCGACGGAAUGCAAGGAAAAAAUGAGGAAAGAAAAAUGCCACCUCUCUUACAGCAAAUGAGAGGUGCAGCUGUGUUGACCAUAUGUAUGACAGACACACCUUCCAGUUUCCCUGUUGCAUAUACAAACUUGCACAUACAAUUCAGAUGUACACACCACAAAAUGCAUCACACAGGCUGAAGAGGAGUGAGAUUUUCUUUGAUCCAGAGAGGAAGAAAAGCCCUUCCUGAAUAGAUCCCUGCCUUAGAGUGCUGGUUCCUUCCCCUAGUUGGAUUGGACUCAACUCCUUUUUUUUUUUUUUUUUUUUUUUUUUGAUUUGUCUCCCCUCCAUUUUGAAUGAACACAACAGCAAGUUCCCAGAUGCCUCGUUGCCCCUAACUUGGUCUGAAGAUGGACUUUGGACUCACUCCUCAUGUAUAGAAAACAUAUUUUCCUUUCUUGCCUCAUCAUGUCUUUACUCUAUCUUUUCUCUGCUCUAUGCUUUCUCUCUCUUUUGCAUUUCUCUUUUUUUUUGCAUU